AUGGACACGAAGCCUCCUAUGAAGCUGUCGAAGAAUUCAAAGGACGACAUCAUCUUUCAACAGAUUAAAGGUUGGCUCCGCGGGUGUGAACAGUGUCACAUUGACUGCGGAAACCUCGCAUUUUCGGACCGCAGGCCUACGCGGCUUCUUCACCUUCUCGCUGACUCACAAGCACAGUUGGUCGAUAGCGAGAGUCUAGUUGCGAACGGAAAGGCCACUCGUUAUGCGGCACUGAGCUAUUGCUGGGGCACCGGCACGUUCAGUGCGGAUGAAAACGAGCUAGUCGAACAGGGACAGACGAUGAUGUCUAACUUGAAAAGUCGAUACCGACCGUUUGACACCGAGAAUCUUCCAAGUACGGUCCGCGAUGCUAUAAGAAUCACCCGGCGAUUAAGCGACCCAGAGAACGGACUUGAGCUAUGCUUCCUCUGGGUUGACUCGCUGUGCAUCAUCCAGGAUGACGUUCAAGACAAGGAGAUGGAGAUACACCGUAUGCAGGAGGUCUACGGCAACGCCGCUCUCACCAUUUGUGCAACAAUGACGAUCAAGGCCACGCAGCCGUUGCUGAUGCCGCGUCUCGCGUGGUCAAAGCAAGUCAAGCCAUGUCGCAUCGGCAAUUCCUGGCUUACCGUGAACCCUACGGCGCCUGCUAGUCUCCGCUCAAGAGCCCCGCUGUCUCUUCGUGCAUGGACACUUCAAGAGGAGCAUUUGUCCCCGCGGCUGCUUUUCUGGGGUGGCCAGCAAUUCAGCUGGGCAUGUGGACGUGGCGAGUACAUUGAGCAGACAUCUUCUCCUAACUCUCCUCAACCUUCUACCACUCACAUAGGCAAAUUCCUUGCUGAGUGUCGCAUAUCGGAACACAAGGAGAUCUGGCUUGUAUGGAACUCCAUCGUAGAGUCAUACACGGCUCGGAGCCUGAGUAAUCCGGCAGAUCGGUUCAACGCGUUGGCAGGACUAGCGACGCGGUACUUGACCGCUAUUUCCGGGUACAACGAGUAUUUGGCGGGUUUAUGGCGGGAAACAUUUGCGCAGGAUCUCUUGUGGCGCGUCUCUAAACCACCAGGGCUUGAUAUAGGAUGGCCACGCACGGUAGGAGCCCCGAGCUGGUCUUGGGCGAGUCUUCCUAUCGGUCUGGGGGCUCGCAUGUGGCACGAAUUCGAGAUGCCGGCCAAUAUGGAGCUGCUCGGUGACGUGGCCAGUGUCAAUACCGAGGCAUCAGAGGCGGUGGCUCAAGGGUCCAGUUUGAGUCGUGUCCGUGUCCGAGGGCUUCUGAGAAAUCUUUGGAGCCCCGGAUCACAGCUUCGGGAGUGGGACGACAUUUGUGUCUGCGUGGACGGAGUCAACAAGUUCAGCUUUGGUUCCAACCCGGGCCAGGAUGUCCACGCGGUCGAUCGCCUCACGGGUAGCUUAGUUGCAUAUGAGGCGCGGAAACAAGAGAUCGUCGCCGGGUUGGACUACUGCAGGCUCGCGGAGGACAUUAAUGAGGGACUGUUAUUGGAGGUUCACUGUCUUGCCAUAUCCGAGCAUGCUAUGCUUCUCCUGCGCCAUCAGAAUGCCACGAAGGCUUUCCAGCGAAUAGGCAUUGGCUUUGGAUAUCGACGGGAUUUCUUUAGAGGGUUGAAGAAGUUGGAAAUUAUUUUAGAAUAA